AUGGCUGCCCUCGCCAACGCUGCUGUUGCUCCCUCCACCUUCGUCGGCCAGAGCGCUGAGCUCGCCGCCAAGGUCAACAAUGUGGAGGCUCGCGUCUCCAUGAGGAAGACGGCCAAGGCCGCCCCCGCCAGCUCCUUCUACGGCCCCGACCGCCCCCAGUUCCUGGGUCCCUUCUCCUCCCCCCCGUCGUACCUCAACGGCGAGUAUGCCGGUGACUACGGGUGGGACACCGCGGGCCUGUCCGCCGAUCCCGAGACGUUCGCCAAGAACCGCGAGCUGGAGGUGAUCCACGCCCGCUGGGCUCUUCUCGGCGCCCUGGGCUGCCUGACCCCCGAGCUCCUGGCCAACAACGGCGUCGAGUUCGGCGAGGCUGUGUGGUUCAAGGCCGGUGCCCAGAUCUUCUCCGAGGGCGGCCUCGACUACCUCGGCAACCCCGGCUUGAUCCACGCGCAGUCCAUCCUGGCCAUCUGGGCUACCCAGGUCAUCCUGAUGGGCGCCGUUGAGAGCUACCGCGUGGGUGGCCUCGAGGGCUUCCAGGAGGUUGAGGAUCCCCUGUACCCCGGCGGUGCGUUCGACCCCCUGGGUCUGGCUGACGACCCCGACGCUCUCGCGGAGCUGAAGGUGAAGGAGCUGAAGAACGGCCGCCUCGCCAUGGUGUCGAUGUUCGGAUUCUUCGUCCAGGCCAUCGUGACCGGCAAGGGUCCCCUUGAGAACCUAUGUGUGGCUGGAUCAGGCGAGUUCGCACCGCAAGUCUUUUCUCCACGAGCUAUUUCCAGUUACAAUCGCACCGAUGCCUCUCCUCCUCGUCGCGUCGAUCCGCAUCUCUCUGCGCCCUCCGCCGCCUCUGCCGCCUCCGGCUGCGUCGGCGAGCUCACGGACUCUCGCUUGUCGCACAACGUCGUCGCACAGCGAAAUGCCGUCGCACAGCGCAAUGCAGUCGCACAGCGAUUCGCCUCCACGUCUGACGCGCGAGUGGAGUCGCUAGCAGCCGAGGCGCUGUACCUCGCACAGACGGCCGCGCUCGUCGCGAAAGAGGCAGCGCAGCUCGCGACUAUAGAGAGGGCCAUGCUGCGACAGGUGACUACAACGAACGAUUCCUUUAAGACGCCGGUCGAGAGCAGCUGGCGUGAUUGUAUCGAGGUGGGGGAGGAGCUAGGGCAGGAGGAGUUACGAAGCGUGUGGAUGGCUGCAGGCGCUCCGGUUCCUCUCCUGACUCCGCGUGAAGCUUCCAGGAACAUGCAGCUUGGUAGCGACGCUAGGAGGUUUCUUCCGGCUCGCAGCGCGUUGAUCGGCGACCUGACGAAUGCCGACUUGCUACGACAGGCGGGUGGUUUCUGGUGGGAGGAGGAAGAAGGGGCGGCGAAUUCACGUGGCAGCACCAGAUUGGUCCGUUCAGAGUCUGUAGCUUCAGAGAGGACGAGCAGCGCAAUGCUGACCGACGAUUGGUCGUUGGCGUUCCCUGGAUCGUCGCCGAGACAGGGUGGCGACAGCAGCCCGUCGCAGAAUGACGCUUCAGUUUCUGCUCUUAGCGAAGGUGACUUAAGCGAGAGAGAUGCCAGUGGUGACAGCAGCGACGGUGAUAGUACCGAGGCAACAGGUCAACCUAAACCGCGUAGUGUACGCACCUUAGUUAAGUCCAGGCGGAAAGGGGUGCGCAUGGAGCAGAGAGAGAAGGCGCGAUUAAAGAGGUAUGCCAACCGGUCCUCCCUCCCCAACUCGUCCUUAGACUCCCUCCUCCUACUCACUCCCUCCCGCUCCGCUGCGAAACCCGCGAAGCGAUCACCCAAAGCCCCGGCGAAAGAGUUACCAGAAGCCGGCGAAGAGAAGGACCUGACGCUGGAGGAGUUUCGCCGAGUGUCGAACGACCCGAUCUUCGCCAUGUUCGAAUCCGCGGGGGGUAACUCGCGCCUGCUCACAGCCGCGGAGGAAAUAGAAUACUCCAAAGGCGUCCAGGAGCUCCUGAAGCUCGAGCGAGCGCGAGACGCGGCGGACAAGGCGCUGGGGCGCGCGGUGACGAUGGAGGAAUGGGCGGAGGCGGCGGGGUUGUCGGUGGUGGAGCUGCGGCGGCGGGAGGCGCGCGGGCGCGAGUGCAAGAAGGCGAUGAUGGCGAGCAACAUGCGGCUGGUGAUCAGCGUCGCGAAGAAAUACUGCCGCGGGGGAGUCGGGCUUCAGGAACUCAUCACGGAGGGGUGCAUGGGGCUGAUGAAGGGCAUAGAGCGCUUCGACCACAAGCGGGGCUUUAAGUUCUCCACGUACGCGCACUGGUGGAUCCGCCAGGCCAUCACCCGCUCCGUCGCCGAGCAGACCCGCACCGUGCGCCUCCCGGUGCACAUCUACGAGCUGCUAUCGCGCAUUGCCAAGGCGCGCGACCUGCUGUGGGAGCAGCUGGGGCGGCUGCCGUCCGACAGCGAGCUGGCAGGCCUCGUGGGGCUCACCCCCGCCAAGCUGCGCGCGGCCGUGCGCAACGUGCGUGCGCCCUGCUCCAUGGACCGCCCCAUCUCCUCUGAAGGCGAAGACACACUCGGGCAGUCAUUUGUGGAGGACUUAACACUGGAGUGUCCAGAGGAGCUCAUGAUGCAGCAGCUGCUGAAGCGAGACCUACAGCAGGUGCUCGGCACACUCACGCCCCGGGAGAGGGAGGUGAUGUGGCACCGCUACGGGCUGGACGACGGGCGUUCCAAGACCCUGGAGGAGCUGGGGGUUAUGUUCCGGGUGACAAGAGAGAGGAUUCGGCAGAUUGAGUCUAAGGCGCUGUUGAAGCUGAGGCAGCCUGAGAGAGGAGGGGGACUGAAGGGUUAUGUGGAUGGGUUGGCUCUCCAGCAGCACUUCCGAACACCCAUACAUCUCUUCAAGCAGACAGAAAUGGCUGCCCUCGCUAACGCCGCUGUUGCUCCCUCCACCUUCGUCGGCCAGAGCGCUGAGCUCGCCGCCAAGGUCAACAAUGUGGAGGCUCGCGUCUCCAUGAGGAAGACGGCCAAGGCCGCCCCCGCCAGCUCCUUCUACGGCCCCGAUCGCCCCCAGUUCCUGGGCCCCUUCUCCUCCCCCCCGUCGUACCUCAACGGCGAGUAUGCCGGUGACUACGGGUGGGACACAGCGGGCCUGUCCGCCGACCCCGAGACGUUCGCCAAGAACCGCGAGCUGGAGGUGAUCCACGCCCGCUGGGCUCUUCUCGGCGCCCUGGGCUGCCUGACCCCCGAGCUCCUGGCCAACAACGGCGUCGAGUUCGGCGAGGCUGUGUGGUUCAAGGCCGGUGCCCAGAUCUUCUCCGAGGGCGGCCUCGACUACCUCGGCAACCCCGGCUUGAUCCACGCGCAGUCCAUCCUGGCCAUCUGGGCUACCCAGGUCAUCCUGAUGGGCGCCGUUGAGAGCUACCGCGUGGGUGGCCUCGAGGGCUUCCAGGAGGUUGAGGACCCACUGUACCCCGGCGGUGCCUUCGACCCCCUGGGUCUGGCUGACGACCCCGACGCUCUCGCGGAGCUGAAGGUGAAGGAGCUGAAGAACGGCCGCCUCGCCAUGGUGUCGAUGUUCGGAUUCUUCGUCCAGGCCAUCGUGACCGGCAAGGGUCCCCUUGAGAACCUGUCCGACCACUUGGCUGACCCCACCGUGAACAACGCCUGGGCUUAUGCCACCAACUUCACCCCCGGCCAGUAA